UUGAUUGUGUGUUUCAGGGAGAUGGUCGUGUGCUUCGACAGGAUCGCUGAGGAUUCAGACUGCAGAGCUGUGAUUGUUUCUGGAGCCGGGAAGAUAUUCACUGCGGGUAUUGAUCUGAUGGACAUGGCAGGGGACGUGCUGCAGCCCGAGGGGGACGAUGCUGCCCGCAGGGCCUGGAACCUGCAGCGCAAGAUCAGAGAGUACCAGGACACCUUCAGCGUCAUCGAGAGGUGUUCCAAGCCUGUGCUGGUUGCGGUCCAUGGUGCCUGCAUUGGGGGAGGGGUGGAUCUCAUCUCUGCUUGUGAUAUCAGGUUCUGCUCGCAGGAUGCCUGGUUCCAGGUCAAGGAAGUGGAUAUCGGUCUGGCUGCGGAUGUGGGAACGCUGCAGCGUCUCCCCAAAGUCAUCGGGAGCCGCAGCCUGGUGAGUGAGCUGGCCUACACCGCAAGGAAACUGAUGGCUGAUGAAGCCAAGAGCUGCGGACUAGUCAGCCGCGUGUUCCCCGAUAAGGACUCCAUGAUGGAGGGGGUGUUGGACAUGGCCUCUGAGAUCAGCAGCAAGAGUCCCGUCGCUGUGCAGGGAACCAAAAUCAACCUGCUGUACUCCAGAGACCACUCCGUGAGAGAGGGGCUGGAGUACAUUGCCACCUGGAACAUGAGCAUGCUGCAGACCGAGGAUAUCAUGAAAUCAGCCCAGGCAGUCCUGGAGAAGAAGAGCCCCAAGGAGGUGCUCUACUCCAAACUGUGAGAGAGAGAGAGAGAGACAGCGCCAAACAGAGAGUGAGGACUGUACUGAGCACACCUGGGCUCACCUGAGCUCAGCUUAUUGUAACUGGACUCACCUGAUCUUAGCUGAUUUGUAUCUGAGCUAACCUGAUCUUAGCUGACUGUAUCUGGGCUCACAUGAGCUUGCCUGGGCUCACCUGGGGCUGUGUACAGCAAGUAGACCUGACCCGCAGGUGAGCCAUCAAACCAGGUGAAAUAGACAGCUGCUAAUAAUAAUAGUCCUGCGCUGUGAGGUGUUCAUUCACUGCUGCCUUACCCAUGUGUUGUUCUGGUUUAAUAAAGCAUUCAUUGGGA